CCUAGCCUCCUACUCCAUAGACUCAUGUUUGUUUCUGUUUAGGAUUCUUUCUUAUCUUGUAAGCAAAAACAUGCUUAAUCUCGACUAGUAUAUAAGUAUAUAGGCCAUGGAUUUGGUGCAGACUGGUGCAUUCGGAUGUCCCAAGGACGGACAUAUAUACAUAUUUAUGGCAUCAAGCUCCCAACCAGUCCACAGUCCACCCUGCACACACAUUCCCUCCUGACGAAUCAGCAUUCUCUGCUGCAGAUUUGUUCGCUUGCUGCGAGGCCCUUCCUUCCUGUGCGGCCAGCACAACCACUCACCAUCGCGUGUCACUUUUUACCUCUCAUAAACAAUACAAAGAGGACAAAGGGAGAGAAAAUAGCAAGAGGAGACAAUAGAAAGAAGAGAAGAAAACUACAAGAGGAGGGCAACAGCAACAAGGCAAGAAGAGAGCAGCCAUAGCAGCGUAGGCAGCUUGACAUGAAGGAGUUCUCGUACGAGGAGGUGGAGGCGGCGACGGGAGGGUUCGCGGCCAAGAACCUCGUGGGGAAGGGCAGCCACGGCAGCGUGUACAGGGCCAGAGUGCGGAGCGGAGGAGGAGGUAGUAGGCUAGUCGCUGUCGCCGUCAAGCGGCCGACGCACGCGCAGGGGGAGGCCAAACUCGCCAACGAGAUCGCCGUGCUCUUGGCCGCGCCACGCCACCCGAGCGUCGUCGGCAUCGUCGGGGUCCGAGUGGCGCCCCAGCCUCCGCCGGCCGCAGCGGGGCCGGGGCUGCCGCCGCUGCUCGUCAUGGAGUACAUGCCCAACGGGUCGCUGCACGACCUGCUGCACCGGUCGCCGAGGCCGCCGCCGUGGCCGCGCCGCGUGGAGAUCGCGCUCGACGUGGCGCGCGCCGUGUGCGCGCUGCACGCCGCCCAGCCGCGGAUGAUAAUACACCGGGACGUCAAGUCGGCCAACAUCCUGCUCGGCCGCGACGGCCGCGCGCGCCUCGCCGACUUCAGUCUCGCCGUCAGGGUUGCGGCGCGCGCCCCCGAGGAGGACGAAGCGGCGGGGCCGGUACCGGCGGGCACGAUCGGGUACCUCGACCCCUGCUACACGGAGCCAGGGCGCCUGGGCCCGGAGAGCGACGUGUUCAGCUUCGGCGUCGUGCUCCUGGAGCUCGUCAGCGGGCGCAAGGUGAUGGACGUGAACUCCUGCCCGUCGUCCAUCGUCGCCUGGGCGGAGCCGCUGAUCGGCGCCGGCCGGGCGAGGGAGGUGUUCGACGGGAGGGUGGCCGCCCCACCGAAUUCGUGGACGGAGCGCGCGGUCGCCCGCGUCCUCGACGUGGCGGCGCGGUGCGUGUCCGAUUGCGUGGAGCGCCGCCCGUCCAUGGCGGAGGUGGCAUCCGAGCUGCACGGCGCCGUCGAGAGCGCCGGGUGGCGCCAUCGCCACGUGCCGCGGGGCUACUCCCGCACGGUGAUCGAGCGGGCGUGCAGGUGCAUCGUGUCGUGGGGGCAGCACGUGAGGAGGAGCAAGAGGGUGAGGGCGACCAAGAUCGAGUGCAGCGGUGCGCCCGAUUGAUGUGAUCUGCCAUUUCAUUCGAACAGCACGAGCGGCGCGCUCAAAUAAGCUGAUCCAUCGAAAACCAAGUACCUGCGCAAUGAUCUUCAAGAGUCCCCGGGGAAUCCUCGAUCCCGUGGGGAUUCUCAGAAUUUAUCGUCGACCGCCUUGAACUCAACUGUCGAAAGUGUAGUUUUCUCAUCAGACGGGGGAUCAAGACACAAAUCGUAAUGAACAAAAAUGUUACUGUCAUUGCAGUUAAGCUACGACGACUGUUUUGCUUCGGUAUCCUUUAGCCCGUGCAAUAUCAUAUCUAUGUCUGUUUUCACGUACGGAUGUAGGUACGUAACGAUAUAUCUAUAACUGUAUUUUUAUAAAAUAUAUGAGUUAUGAUAAA